GGAUUUCCGCAGUAUUACAAAUUUCAAAGAUGGUGCUGGGAAUCGACUUCCUAUCCUUACAUCUGACCACUGAAGGAAACAACUCGCCAACAAACGGACGUAAAGAACUCGAUCGGCCUAUAAAAGUUCAUCAAAACGACAUUGGAUAUUGGAUACCUUAUGGUGACCUUGGGGUGCUCUUAUUACCGUAACCUUCGUUAAGGCUCCACAGACGUACGGUUUGAUGUCGUUUGCCCUCCUAAAAAAGGCCUUCGGUAUUGGAAAAGCAAUCGACGACCGGGAGUUUGACGACUUUCUUAAGGCAGUUGACGUCAAUGAUGUCCAUGUUGGGCAAUUGAGUAAAUUAUUCAGAAAAAAAGCAGUCCGGUUGUUUGUCUUAAAAAAUGAAGACUCAAGUGUCAUAUUUGAUUCUUCAGCGCUAAAGGAUCCUGUGAAACCCACUCCAACCAUUAAUGUUGGUCGUCAACAGUUGAAUCUUAGUGAUAUGGCGUUUGGGUCUUAUUCAUUGAAUAACAGAAAACCGCUCUUGCAUUCAAUGAAAAUUCAUGAUAUGAGUUCCAUUGGGCAGGUUCUGUUUACUCGAGUUUUUCAUGAGUUUGACGAGUGGCGAAAGCUGUAUCCGAAAAGCGAACACAACCAGGGGAUAAAGCAGGAUACGUGUGUUGGAAAUCCUGAGUUGGUAAAGAAACAGAACUUAAAAAGUUACAAAACCUUGGCAGUUUGCCUACUUAUCAAUUUGGAGUGGUGUUCACCUAUUAGUGGGUUGUGUCCCAACAAAGCAUGUUCACAAAAGUCACAUAGCCGUCGGAAUUUCUAUCAUCUAUUCAACACUGAUGUUUCCCAUCACAACCAACUAGUUCCACAGUCGUCCGCGGAUACUAGCUUGAAAAUAUCGGCCUUUACUGCGAGACGUUUUUACAAUAUGCUCUUUGAACACUGGGUUCAGCUGAGCCUAAUAAUAGAGACAUUGUCGAAUGAAUGUGCAAUAGCCGUAUGCAGCAGUGCUAAGAGCUAUUGGGGCACGCACAAACUUGUUCCAGAGUCACACUGUACAGAAACCAUUGCAAAAGCUUUCAGCAACUUUCUGAAUUAUUUCCGAGAUCUGUGUCUGCCCAAAUUAUAUUUUCCGAUUUGGCCUACGUUAAAUGUCACAUUAUCUACCGAUUUUGAUUCAUUAUCACCCUGCUCUGAUCGAUCGCGAGCUGAUUGUGUUGCUUAUUGGCUUAAUAUGGACCCUAGUUAUUCUCAGUCAAUGAUUGCCGAUUCUAACCAGGUUUCCAAAGAUAGUCUACUCGAUGUGUUUGUGAGAUCCUGUCUGGCACCUUUAAUUAUUAAAGGUAAUAGUAAAGAACAUCGUAGCUUUCUUGCUCGGUUGAUUACUGGUAUUCUUAUGUUCCAUACUGGCUGGAUUGAUGGUUCAGGAUCACGUUCAAAUCCGGGGGUCAGUUGUGGGAAUUCAUCAAUAUCUAAUAAACAGAAUGUGCCCGUCAGUUUAUUGGAUCAGUUACUUACACAAACAGGUUUUAAAACCAUAGGAACAGAUUCAGUAUCAUUCGGAAGUAUAUUUAACUGCACUGUAAUUUCUGGCCAGUCUCGUGCUUAUUUAAUGGCUCUUCUUCACUUCGCUACGUAUUUCUUGAGAUUCAUGUGCUUGAUUCACACACAGGAAUGCCUCCCAGAACUUGGACCAGCUGAUCUGUUUGAAUUAGAACAACAGAAACGGCGGACUCGUCUAGGUGCUAAAUCACGUCGUAAAUCUGGAUCGGCAACCAGUAGUAACUCAACUGGUCACAGUGGUGAUGCACAUGAUUCUGGUAUCAGUUCCCAGGAAGAUUUGACUUCUGCAUUUUAUUCAGCAAGCACUGGAUCAUCUCCUACACACGUUUCUGGUAUGGCGUUGUGUAUGACACAUCGACUAACUCGUGACCAAUGUCGAAUGGCUGAAGUAGCUGCUCACUUUAUGGUUACUCGAGAGGCUGCAGCAGCAGCAGCGGCGGCAGCAGCGUCCGGUCCAAUUAAUUCUCAAACUUCUGUUAGCACAACACGUUCAACUGACACGUCAUCUGGAUUAGUAGACGGUAGCAGUGCUGCUAGUAAACCAUGUCCAUCUAAUAACUCACCUCGUUCUUAUCGAUCUCGUUAUACUGAAGUUCCUUUGCUGAUAGAAAAAUUUUUUGAUGGUGAUGAAGAGUUGUGUAGUUGUUUACCGAUUGAAGUUAUUCAGGGCUCAGGUAAUCAUCCUAGUUCCUUGACGUUACCACUAGGAAGAAGCAGCAGUCCAACUUCACCGUGUAAUACGUUAGAUAAUUUUAAAACUCAUUGUUUACCAAUCUAUCCACAGUUUGCAGACCGUUCAUCAAAGCAUUUGUGUUCACCGCAGUCACGUGAUCAUGAGGUUCCAUUUUCAUCCUCAUCAAGAGUAGCGGAUGGAUCUAAUGUCUUCAAUAUUGAUAAUAUGUCACCAUCGUCAUCGAUUUAUCAUACCGAAGAAGAAAUACCACAUGCUGUCAAUCCAGUUCAUCAUUCUCCAUCGCCAACACUUGCAAAUCAUUCACUAAUCUCCGGUACUGUCACUGAUAUAUAUCAUAGUGGUCAUGUGUUACAAGCAACUGUUGAACACCCUGAAAGUUUCAAAUCACGCUUAGAAGAAAAUUUACUUCAGUGGAUUACUUAUGGCCCAGCUAUUAUUAACGAUUUAAAUAACUUAUCAGUCUAUAGUAAUAACUCCAAUAAUAAUACUAGACCAGAGGAAUCUUUAUUAUCGUCCACCCAAUUGAAUCCAUCAAUUAAAUCUAGUCUUUCAUAUCCGAAAUCAAGAGAUUGUCAACUGAAACCACUUAAAUGGUCUGCUACAAGUUUAUUGAUUAAUUGCGAUGCUAAGAGUGUCGAGGCCCUAACGCUUAUUCAGUCCAAAUCUACAGAUUCAAUUUCAAGCAAGGAAUCAGAUGAUGCAAAUCUGAAAUUAAGUCAUCAUUUCACUAUUAGCGCUGGAAGUAGUAGUGGUACACACGUUGGUCGAGAUCGUGUAAAAGUAAAGUUGGAUGAGACAGAACCCUUUGAACAACAAUCAGUUCUAACGACACCACAGUGUAAACUUGGGUCAUGUAUUACUCGGCGUAUUAUACCAAUUAAACCUGCUCCUUUGGUAUUUCGUCUUAUCGAACAAAUCCAUAUGGUGUUAGAUGCAACAAACUGUUCACUGAUGACUCUGAAACAUCUGGAGGGUAAUCUGCAAUUGAUUUAUCUUAAAAGUUCAAUACUGACAAAUUUGUUAGUUAAAGAAGGCUCAAAUACGCUUCACCGAGUUGAUCGGAUGACCAUUGCUGCAGGUGCACGUUGCUUUAUCUCAUCUCAAUGCUUGUAGCCACUAACCCUGUAGUGAAAGAGAAUGCAGUUGCUUGCCAGAAGAUCUACCUUUAUUGCUGUCCAUUGCAUCAUCUUAUUCUGCACAAGUUGCGAAUAUCUUACAUUCUAGUCAUUUCGACUGGUUUAAUUUAAGAUGAUGCACUUCAUAAUAAACUUUUUUUUGAAGUAAUUAGUCACAAUUGAUUAUCACUUAUUCAGUUUUCCUUCAGUAUAAAAUAUCAUUAAUCAGGAAUCGUUAAUUUUGUAAUCAUGUUACGGUCAUAUAAUUUGAUUCUCUAUAUAUACUCUAACAUAAAUGACAGACUGUUAGAUGCCCAUCAUUCUUUUUGAUUGAUCAUUUAAUUAUAUUGUGUAAAUUAUUAAGUUCGCAUUACUACUUCUUUUUUUGUUGAUAGCACUCCCUUGUACAAAUCCCUUUUUUCCUUUAAUAUUGUGAAUUUGUCUGUUUUUGAUGGAAGAAUGAUGUUUAUAUAUAUGUGUCUGUGCAUAAUUCAGAUUUUCUACAGAAAUUUUCAAAAAUCGAUUAUAUUAUUAUUAUUAUUAUUAUCAUUAUUAAAACUUCCUUUACUUAAAAUCUCCAGAAAUUAUGAACAAUUUGUUGGGAAAUUUCACUGUAAUAAAUGUUUUGUGAAGCGGGACACGGAAAAGCAAGACUCUCCGAUAUAACAGCAUGCAACAAUCUGAUCACACUUGACAGAGAAGAUUUGAAAGAUGCGAAAACCUUUACAUAUUGGGGCAGCAUCAUUGGUGAAUGCGGUGGAUCUGAUGCAGAUGUGAAGGCGCGGAUCGGAAAAGCAAGAGCAGCAUAUUUACAACUGAACAACAUAUGGAACUCAAAGCAACUGUCAACCAACACCAAGGUCAGGAUUUUCAAUACAAACGUGAAAACCGUUCUACUGUAUGGCGCGAAAACCUGGAGAACUACGAAAGCCA